UAAAAUUCAAUCAUCUAAUAAUGUUCUCAUUAAAAUGGUGUAUUAUUUAUCUUAUCAAUGAUUAUCUAUUCAUGAAUUUAAUUAAAUGUCAAUUACAAUUCAAUGAUCAAUUAUAUUAUUAUAGAAUAGAUAAUUGUGAAUCAACAAUAGAAUUAGGUAAUUGGUGUGAAUGGUCAGAAUGGUCAAAAUGUGAUUUCAUUACAUGUACAAGACAACGUAUACGUGAAUGUAAUUGUCCUAAACCAUUAAGUUGGACAAAAUUAACAGAAUGUAAAACAUAUAAACCACAAAAUGAUUAUCGUAUAAAUAAUGUAAGUAAUUGA